CAAUGUCCUUGAAAGGGCAUCUUUUCUUCCCGGUGAACGGACGAGACGAAAGCCAGCCCAGAGUCAAAGCUGCCAGCCAGUCAGUCCUCUGGAGUUUCUCGUUGCCGAGUGAAGGACGCUCUGCUCAGAAAAGGUUAAGAUGCUGCGGAAAGGUCUGAAGAAUGUCAUCUGGACCCAGCUCAUCAUUUGGAUGGUAAUAACCGACGGGCAGCCAAGCGCUGCUGCUCCCGAGCCUGGACCUCUUGGAUGGGGUUUUGGAAGAGGAAAGACUCUGGAGCCUACAGGAGAGAAUCUUCUCCAGGUAACUGCGAAGGGCAGCUUGGAGACUGUGAAGGACCUCGUCUCGAGAGGAGCUGAUGUCAAUUUUGGCGGCGGAAUGCCAUUAUGGCAUGCUGUUGCAGGCGGAAACAUCGAAGUCGUCAAAUAUCUUCUUGAUUCCGGUGCCAACCCCAAUGGAGAUGAUUCCUGGCAUACAAGGGAUCAAUCCUCGCAGUUGCAGCUGAGCACAACCGCGUCGAUAUUCUGGACCUCCUGUUUGCAUCUGGUGCCUCUGUCAAAACUGAAAAGAAUGGUGUGAACAUAUUAUACGGAGCUGCCGAAAAUGGUCACUUGGAAGCAGCUCGUAAGUUGAUCCAGGCCGGCGUUGAUGUGGAUUUUGAUAAUGGGAUUGCUCUACUUACGGCAGCGGAAAACGGAUACCUAGAAAUGGUCAAGGAAAUCAUAAAAGCUGGAGCGAAUAUCAAUGCUGGCAAUGGUUGGAUAGUUGGCGCUGCCGGACGAGCUGGUCAGACUGAAGUGAUGAAGGUCUUCAUAGAAGCUGGUGUUGCGAAAGAAAAUCUCGACUCUGCAAUGCAUGCAGCUGCAGGCAGUGGACAUCUCGCAACUGUGAAACUGCUGUUCGACAACGGAGCAGAUCCCAAUUAUGCCGGCACUUUGAGGGUUGCAUCGCAGGACGGAAACUUAGAAGUUGUCAAGUUGUUGCUUGAUGGAGGUGCACAAAUCACCUAUACUGAAGAAAAGGGGUAUCCUUUACACAUUGCUGCCAGUGAAGGCCACAUAGAUGUCGUGGCUCUGUUAGUCGAGCAUGGUGGUGAUAUCAACAGGCCCCUGACGGAUGAUAUGUGGGUGGGCUUGGCUGCAGGAGGCUCUUUCGUUGGAAAAGGAUGGACUGUUAUGCACGUGAUCGCUCUCUUUGGAUACCCACAUGUGAAAGAGCUUCUGGACCUUGGAGCCGAGAUCAACGUGAAAGAUGCUUCAGGGAAUACUCCUUUGCAAGUUGCUGUUGGCUCCAAAAAGCUGAAGAUGACGAAAGAGUUUUUGAGGUUCUGUGCCGAUGCAUCUCUUGUCGAUAACGAAGGAAUGACGGCACAGGCUCUUGCAGUGAAAGCCGCCGAGGGAAACAUGACAUACUUCAACGAGAAGCAACAAAAUCUGGUGUUUACCAUAAAAGAGGCUCUCCCAGACAAACUGGCUGCCACUGAGGCUAAUGAUGAAGGAUACGAAGCUCUAAAGGAAGAAUUCUCUGCCUUGGUCAGCACCAGCCCUGCUCUGAAAGAACAACUGAAGAACAUCAGCUAUGACGGAUGGGAAAUCAAAGCCGCGAUUCGUCUUAUCCUUGAAGAGGAGAGCAAAAGAGAACUGCCUGAGGUCAUUGGAGAUCUCUACUGCAAACCAGCAUUACAAAAGGAGCAUAAAGUAUCCAUAGGAACAGAGUAUUUGGCCAAAUGUGAGUGCGUCCCUGGGGAAGGACCCACCAUGACGUACACACCAGUCCAGGAAGGAGACAAAUGUCAACAAGAAAUCUCUGCCCAGACUGAGAGCCCAACUCAAGAACCUGCAGCAUCAGCUUAGAGCCAGGGUACAUGAGAUCACUUCGGACUUUAAAGGACUUAGAAUUCACUGUUCAUCAUCGUCCUUGGCUCUGUUGGUGAAGCCAGAGGUCAUAGGUGACAUAUUCUAUGCUUCUACAGUCACCUCUUCCCAGUGCCGAAGGCUUCAGGCAACUGGAGAUCAGUAAAUAACCUCUCUCCUGAAAGAUUUGUUCCUUAGAUUCGUUUCAGGAAGGAAACUCCAGUUCUAUGUUGGCUUAUACCAGAGAAGAAAAUUUUGUUUUUUUUAUACCUUUAGAGUGCUUAUUUCCAGAUGUCCAUCUAUCAGGAAACCAAAAACACACAUAUUCCAUCUGCAAAAGAUGAUCUACUAGUUUAAAACAAUGCACUUCAGCAUAUCAAAAACUUUGCAAGUAUCCAUGUGGAUGCUUACUCUUGGGGCGGCUUGGGCCCAUUCAUCCAUUAUCUUGAUGACAGGUUGAGCCUGUUAGCCUUCAGAGAUGCUGCUGACCCAAGAUCAGGAUUGACACUUUACUUAACCACUCCAAGCACCAAUUGAAAUACUUUGGCAUGCUGAUCAACCCAUUAAGUAUGAGGUUCUGUUGUAUGGACUCACAUCAGCAGGUCCAAGGAAGUAAUAGCACAGUUCCUUUCUUGAAAUCCUGAAAAGAACCAUCAGUCAGACUGCAGUAACUACAGGCUAAUCUCUAUUCUCUCUGUGCUGUCCAGAGUUACUGAAAAACUUAUUUUUUAAGCCACUAUUUGAAUAUGUAGAAUCCAAAGGAUUGUUAGCUGACAGUCAAUAUGCAUAUAGGAAGCAUAUAGAUACCUGUGAUGCUUUGUUAGAAUAGACAUGCCAUUUGCAAGGGAACCUUGAUAAGGGUUUUGAGUGCAGAAUAAUUCAGAUAGAGUUUAGUGUUGCUUUCGAUUUAUCAAAUCACAAGGAACUUAUUUAUAAACUUCAGAAUCUUGGAGUGGGUGGAUAUGUUUUAGGAAUACUUAAGGUUUCCUUACUUUUAGGCAGCAGCAUGAGUUGUUGUGGAUGGGAACUUUAUUGAACUAAGACCUAUUUGUCUGGAGUUCCACAGGGUAAUGUUCUUGGUUGACUGUUAUAAAAUAUAUAAAAAUACAAAUAAAUAAAUAAUAAUAAAUGAAGAAAAAUAAAUAAUGAAUAAUUAAUAAAUAAAUACAUAUAUAAAUAAAAAAAUAAAUAAGUGACAAGAAACAUUGUUGUUGGCUUGGACAGCAAGUGGAUGUAAUAAAGUCACCACUUUUGAGAAAUGAGGCUGCCCUCAGCCUCAGUCGGGACAUGGACCAGAUCAGGGAAUGGUGUAGUCAGUGGCAUAUGGGGCUGAAUUCCAGUAAAACGAGAACACUAUUGAUUAGCGGAUCUCUUACAGAUUUCCCACCCCAUCCGCCCCUUCGGGUGGAUAGAACUUUGCUGAAUGAGUCUAAAGCUUUAACUAUUCUAGGUGUAACUUUUGAUAAACAUCUAAUGAGAGUUUCAGCGAAUGCUGCCCGAAAGUUAGGUAUGUAUUGUUCGUAAGGCCUCAUAUAUUCAUAACAGUGAUAAAAUCAAUGCAACCUGUUUUGGGAUAUUUGUACUUCCGUUACUAGAAUACUGUUCUCCGGUGUGGAUGUCUGCUUCUACCAGAGAUUUAUCUCUUUUAGAUAGAGUGGUUUGUGGUGGUAGGUUCCUGUUUCCUAAAAGAAGUAGUUGGACCCUCUACAGAUGGUCUCUUGUUUGUCACUUUUUCUGAAGUUGUAUUUCAAUAGAGAUCUUUCACAUUCGUAAUUGGUUCUUUGUCCCCCUUUAUCU